GCGCCCGCCUAGGGCGAUGCCGCAAAGCGGGGCCGGGAAGAUGGCUGCGCGCUGGGCGCUGGGCGCGGGUGCUGCCUGGGCGCGGGGUCUCCUCAGCUGGGCACGGCCAGAGAGGUGGCUGGCAUCUGGUAGCCUUUUUCCUCUCUCAUGCAUCCACACAAGCACAUCUCUGCAGAAAGUUGGGAAGUGGGAGAAGAAGAACAGGAUUGUUUACCCUCCCCAGCUGCCUGGAGAGCCUCGCAGACCAGCUGAAAUAUAUCACUGUCGGAGGGAAAUAAAAUACAGCAAAGAUAAGAUGUGGUAUCUGGCAAAACUGAUAAAAGGAAUGUCCAUUGAUCAGGCUCUCGCUCAGUUGGAAUUCAAUGACAAAAAGGGAGCAAAGGUGAUCAGAGAGGUUCUGUUAGAAGCACAGGAAAUGGCUGUAAAAAAGCACAAUGUGGAAUUCAAAUCAAAUUUACACAUAGCGGAGUCGCAGACGGGCAGGGGCCGUUACGUGAAGCGGAUACGGUACCAUGGCAAGGGCAUGUUUGGCAUGAUGAAAAUCAGCAGGUGCCACUACUUUGUGAAGCUGGUGGAAGGUCCUCCUCCUCCCCCUGAGCCACCAAGGACUGGCUUUGACCAAGCAAAGGAAUAUGUGCAGCAGCUGCGAAACAGAACCCUUGUUCACACACUUUAGAGGCUGUAUAGGUGUCUCUUGUUAGGCAAUGUAACUAUAUAAAGGAAUAAUUAAAGUCAUGGUUUAGUUAUAUCUUUGGUGCUGCUGGAGAUGGAUGAUGUGAGAAAAAUCAUGGGUUUUUUCUUAUUUGUCAAAUCACAGGUAUGGAAAAAUCUUGGAGCAGCAGGAUGUUACUUUUUCUGAGUUGCUUGGACCACAGCAUUUAAACCUGGACUAUCAAAUCUAGAAGAUACGGUGCUGAAAGAAAGCUUGGUGUCUCUGUUAGGUAUGGUGGGCUAUUUAUUGUAAGACAAUUCUUGACAGUCAUGUUGCAAGAUCAAGCUUCAAACUAAAAUUUGACAUUUUAAAGUAGUUACAUUGGAAAAAACAAGUAACAGUGGACAAAACCAAGUAACAAUAAUAUUUCAGAAUAUCAGACAUCAAUUCUGGGUUUAUUUGGGCUGUAAUAGCCUUCAUUGUGUGUCUUGGGCAUUGUGUCUGGGAGUGGGAAAUAAAAAAAUCCUUGGAAGUUCAGGCUUUGGCAGUCAGUAGGUGGCAAUAUUUAGUUUGUCAGAGAGGAAGUGGUAGUGAAAACUUCCAGAAUAGUCAAACUGGUUUGGGUUUUGCCCAUGGCUUUAAUAAUCUGAUAUAGGCAUGGAGUUCAGGCUGUCCUCUGGAAAUUCAUUGUGGGUAACAGGCAAAAUAUGGAGAAAAGCUUUUUUUUUUUUGAUGAAGAGUGCACUAAUUCUGCAUUGUUUGGAAACAAAGUGCUUUUGUAACAUUGAGGAAAGUGAAACACUCCAUGGAUUUAAUAUGGAAUGGCUUGUUGCCUAUACAAAUCAGGCUUUGAGGUCUCUGAAAAGAAUCCCAUUUUUAUCAUUAAGCCUUUGAAGAGAAAAAGACUGAGAUUGAUAGGGGGAAUCUCAUUUCAUCCAGUCAUAUUUUCAAAUCAAGAUGACCAGAGUCGAUUACCAUCAGUAUAAAAACAGAAUGAGCAGCUGCUUUUACAUGCAAAUGUCUGAUAUUUAGGCCUUUCUUUUCCAUUCUGGGAACACAAGAGUGGAAGACAGAUUGCUUACCUCAUCUGGGUCUUUUUACCUCAACAACUCAUGGUAGCUUUUCUUACACGUGUUUACUUUGAUCAGUACUUGGAUGAUGGCAAAGGGAUAGUUCCUGUAAGGAAACAAAUUAUUUUUACUGUCUUAACAAAGGUUGGUACAGAGUGAUUUCUUCUGGCUACCAAAGAAAGGGUCUCAUGAUGCUGGAGAGUAUUAGGGGAUGGUGAAGUUAUACAAGAAGCACAUUGAGAGCUCAGUGCCAUUAUUGGGGGCUUAUUUGCUGUCUGGUUGUCUGCAGUGCACUUUCAAACACAUUUCUUGCUGUAAAGCCACGAUUUAGUAACUUGCCUGAAAGGUGUGUUCUGAUAAAACUCUCUAUCUCUGCAGUC